AUGGAUAUCCAUGUGGGUAUCCAUGGCAUGAGACUCGCCUGCCUGGUGGCCGUGGUCGUCGCCGACAGCUACAAGACGCCCAUCCCGAUCCUGAAGGACGACCGGACACAGAACGCCUACGGCGAGUACACGUUCGACUUCGAGACUGGAAACGGCAUCGUCAGGAACGAGGCCGGAAAGCAGGCUGAUGGCCAGGAGUCCUCGGGAGGAUGGAGCUACACCGCUCCCGAAGGCGUCCCUAUCAAGCUGAGCUUCACCUCCGGCGUGGGCGGUUACCAGCCCGUGGGCGAUCACCUUCCCGUGGCACCCACAUCAGUGCCUCUUCCCUACGAACGUCAGGAUUACUAA